UUUCACCCGUCGCUUCUCCUCUCUCAUUGGCUUCGGAUCGAUUGACGCGAAGCUACUCCUCCAGCUCUAGGCAUGGCUGCCCAAUUCCAAACCCUUCUCCUGUCCUCCUCUGCUCGCCCUUUCCACGCCGCCUUCCUAGCCCGCCCCCUCGGGCUCUCCCUUUCAACCUCCGCGCUCGCGCCAGGCGCCACCGCCGCCCGGCGACUCGUCGUUGUCGCCGUCACCAAGAAGGCCGUCGCCGUCCUCAAAGGCACGUCCAACGUCGAGGGCGUCGCUACCCUCGUCCAGGAAGACGAUGGCCCUACUACUGUGAAUGUUCGUAUCUCUGGACUCACACCUGGACUUCAUGGUUUCCAUCUCCAUGAGUAUGGUGAUACAACUAAUGGCUGCAUAUCAACAGGGGCUCACUUUAACCCUAAAAAUUUGACACAUGGUGCACCCGAAGAUGAAGUCCGUCAUGCAGGUGACCUGGGAAACAUCGUUGCUAACUCUGAAGGUGUGGCUGAGGCAACAAUUAUAGACAAUCAGAUACCAUUAUCUGGGUCCAAUUCAGUAGUUGGCCGUGCAUUUGUCGUUCAUGAACUUGAGGAUGAUCUUGGAAAAGGUGGCCAUGAACUUAGCCUGACCACUGGAAAUGCUGGAGGAAGAUUGGCAUGCGGUGUUGUUGGUUUGACUCCACUCGCGUAAUCAUUGAAAAGACUUUUCAGAGGCUUCUUCAUCAUCAGGUAUCGAAUUGUUUCUUCAAGUCAUGCAUUAGAUCAAGCUUCAGGCCUGUCGAUAGGAAAUAAGUCAACUCUUGAUGUUGUAUCUGGCACCUAAAUGUGAUCGUUUGGUCACUAGACGUUUUUCGUGGAGUCUGCACGUCCGGUUGCAUGCUUCUAUGGUGUACCUGGGUUUGCUUUUGUCCAGAUUGCUGCUGCAUCUGGUAGUUUCUACAGGCAGAUUCAGAUUAUAUGUUCGUGGGAUUUAAUAAAGGAUUAUUUUAUAA